UAGGAAACUAAUGUAGAGCACAGAUCAAAGUUAAUGUUAAUUCCAGCCUGUGUGCAAAUCAAAGGAUGUGCAUCAUUCAGCAGGGACAUUCAAUCUUUGAACCUAACCUUUCAACUUGUUGGUUUCUCUUGAAAAGAUGUGGAUAUCAAUGGAAAAACCCAACAUAUACCACCAGCAAUCACUGGGUACAGAAUAGAAACCUUUUCUGUGAGCAUUCUCAGUGAAGAUGAAUUCACAUCACAGCAUUAUUGAGAGCGGUAUUUGAGGACACAGAUACGUGAUGGGUUCUGAGACGGAUGUUGCUCGACCUGACUCCGGAGGCCCUCUGACCUCGGGGUACACCGUCUUCCUGAUGGAGUCUUUCCUGGGGUCAGGCACGUUUGGAAAAGUCGUGAAAUGCACGAGAAUAAACGACAUGAAGACGGUGGCCAUCAAAAUGAUGAAGAUACAGGGCCUGGACGUCGAGCCUGCGAAUGAAGAGGUGGCCAUGAUGAGGAAGCUCAAGUCACUGGAGUCGGACAAAUGCAACCUCGUCCACUGGUACCGGGCCUUCACGGACGGGAGACACAUUUUCCUGGAGUUUGAGCACUUGGACAAAACUCUGUACGAAUUCAUGAAGGAGAGACGUUUCAAUCCUCUUCUCCUGAAAGAAAUCCGACCAAUCAUCCUGCAGCUCGCUAACGCACUCAGUCACUUGAAGGCCGCUGGGAUCAUUCAUGGAGACAUCAAGUUGGAAAAUGUGAUGUUGGUCGACCAUCUGCAGGAGCCGUACAGAGUCAAAGUCAUCGACUUUGGCAUUGCCUGUGAAGUGUCCGCCGCCAAAGUCGGCACAAAACUCCAGACCCGUCCAUACCGGUCUCCAGAGAUCAUUUUGGGUCUUCCGUUCACAGAGGCCAUAGAUAUGUGGUCUCUGGGCUGCUUGGCGGCUACAAUGUUCCUCGGCACGCAUCUCUACCCUGGCAAGAAUGAGUAUGAUAUGAUGAGGCUCAUUGUGCAGACUCAGGGUCAGCCACCUGACUCCAUGCUCUCUGCCGGAUGGAACACUUACAAAUUUUUCCAGAAAAACGUCAAAUCUACUAGAAGUGUCUGGAAACUCAAGUCACCAAAACAGGUCUGGGGACUUCAGUCAGUGGAAACCAGGAGGCUAAAGUUACAAUCUCUGGAUGACAUUGAGAAUUUCUGGUGCGUGCGUUCACAUCAUUAUGUAGACGCAUUUGUAGAGAUGACCGAUAAGGAGGCGUUUGUGGACUUGCUGAAGGGAACGCUUCAGCUCGAAGCCACCAAGCGGACAACACCACAGGAGCUGCUGCAGCAUCGAUUCAUCAGCAUGCAGCACUUUGACGCCAUGCGCUGCUACAGCAAAUAUGCCAGAUCCUGUUCUUUCAUAAUGGAGACCUCUUUGAAGAACUCCCUGACCAAUGACAGUAGGAAAACUGUGUGUGGGUCAGGGCAGCGGCCACAGUUUGCCCAGAGGAAUUCUACAUCUCAGGCAAAGGGGAGCAGCAUGGCCAAGCCCAACAACACCAACUCACAUCCCUGCACCAACGUCCAGGCCCCCAUCUCAGGCAGAUCAGGGAAAAAACGAAAGAUGAACGAUGAAGAUGUGCAGCCCAAAUACAGAACCAAUGUUCCGCGGUCAGAAAACAACAGAAGGCGGGGCCAAAAGAGAUCUGCAGGUCCGACCACGUCCUGCUGUGGGAGGAGAAGCCAGGCGUGUGUUGCAUCAGAGGUUAAGAAGUCGCUGGAUCAAGGUCAUGCCGACAAUGAGAGGUCACAUCGUGAGAGGAGGAAACACAGAAAAUGCAUUGAGGACGGAAUUGGCAGCAACAAGCACAAUUCCACACAUGCUUUCCAUCUUCAAUCUAAUAAGAGCAGCAGCAUGGUGCAGCAACUCUACACUGACCAACAUCCCUGCACCAACAACACCCAGGGACCAAUCUCACGUAGAUCAGGAAAAAAAAGAAAGCUGGAUGAUGACGACGCGCAGCCUAAAAUCAAAACCUUUUUUCUGUGGUUAGGACACGACAAAAGGAUGGGCCAGAAAAGCUCUGCAGGUUUGUCCACCUCCACCUGCAGUAGGAGAACCCAGGGAUGUGUCACAACAGAGGUUAAGAAGAAGCUGGAUCAUGAACGAGACUGUGACAACAAUAAGGUCACAGCGUGAGAGGAAGAAAGAAAGGAUCACCAAGGAGAUUAGGCAGCAAACGCUUUGAAACCUCCAAAAACAUGAUUUGACAGGCACCAUGUUAAUGUUUUGCAUCCAAAAGUUCAGAGGCUUCUAUUGGAUGGUACCACCGGUACCAUCACACUGGUGUCCACCGGUACCAUCACACUGGUGUCCACUCAUUCAUGUCAUGCUUUAUCGCCUAUUUACCUCUAGGUUUCUGCUAUUGUAGUUGAGAUUGAUGAGUGUGAAGUAGGCACAUUUUUACACAGACCUCCAUUACAACACUUAUUUUUGCAAACAGCUGUUGACAGAGUCCAAAAAAUCUAUAUAUUUGUAAUUCGGAUUUGAUCUUCUACCUCUUUAUCUGCUGGUGCCAAUCCCAGCUGACAGAGGGCGAAAGGCGGGAUACACAUCACAGGGACUUUAAUGUCCAAUUUGCCUAAUCCCCAAAUCAUGUUUUCGGACUGUGGGAGGAAAAUGGAGAAAUUAUUUAUUUUUUUAUGAAAAUAAUUUCAAAAAUUCAAAAAUGAGAAAUCGCACCAAUUAUGAAACAUAUCUCAAUUACAAAAUAUAUCCAAAAGAAAUCACUAGGGGCAACAGUUAAGGAUCAUGCAAAUAACUUGUCCUGUAUUUAUUUUUAAUACCCUAGGCUAAUAUAAUAUUAGCCCCUGGCACAAUUUCUGUUUUUUUACAUUCUGUGCUUUUUAUGUUUUUACUCUUUGUAAAUUUUUGUUUGCAAUCUGUUGAAUUUGUAACAUGUAAUCUGUAUAUAUGACACCUACUGCACACCUGUCUAUCCUUGGACAGGGAUCCCUCCUGUGUGGACCUUCCUGAAGUUCCUCCCAAGGAUAGAGGAGUGUACAGACUAUAAAGCCCUUUGAGGCCAACUGCAUUUGUGAUGUUGUAUAGAAAUAAAAUUUACUUAAUAUUUAGGGUGAGCUUAAAACAAUUUUAAUUUUCAUUGCAAAAUAUUCAUCAAAUGAGCACAGCUGAUCAUGUUGGUUGGGUUUUCAGAGAUUUGAAGCUAAGCUGGACGUAGAAGUCCGUUUCCAAACACGUGGAAAAGUAUGUAUAUGUAUAUAUAUAUAU